CAUGUUUAAUUUUCUAGAGAGGAACAAAAACACACGCGGAGACUGAAUGGAACAGCAUUCAGAGAGUUGACGAAGUCUCUGGUAUACAACAUACUUGUAUUAGCGACAGUCUUAUUUCUCCUUCAAGUGGUCUUGUUAGCAAUAAGAGAGGAUUGGACUCGAUUGGACUUGCUGUAUAUGGGUCUGGAAAGUCAAAAUUGCCAUCUUUCUCCAGUAGACGUGGUAGAGAAAGCAUGGGAGAAGAUAUCUUGUCUCCCAGUUGUGGUGAUGAUGAUGAUUUGUUCUGCGGGAAGUUUUUCAAGGAUAAAAAGGAAAUGAGCACAAAGUUGAGGUUGCAUGCAGUUAGUAAAAGCUUUGAGUUCCACACAGAAUAUUCAGACAAAACACGUUAUGUUCUUAGUUGUGUGGAUGAAAGAUGCAGUUGGAGUUUUCGUGCAAAAUCAGUUAAAGGAUCUCAGAGUUUUUUUGUUCGUCAUUAUGUAUCUAAACAUACUUGUGACACUUCUCUGAGAACUGUUAGUCAUCGGCAAGCUACUGCAAAAUUGUUGGGAACUAUGGUCAGCAAUCAUUAUGAAGGAGGAAAGAUUGGGCUGAAACCUAAACAGAUCAUGGAAAAAGCUAGAAAUGAUCAUGGUGUUGUGAUUACAUAUUCAAAGGCUUGGAGGUCUCAAGAGCACGGCCAAGAUAUAGCUAGGGGUACUCCUGAUGACAGUUAUGAAGCUUUGCCCAGUUGGUUUCACAUGAUAAAAGAAAAGAAUCCAGGUUCUGUGACUUUUAUCGAAGUUGAUGCUGUUGGGAAAUUCAAAUACGCAUUUUUGUCGCUUGGUCCAUCUAUCAGAGGGUUUAAGUUGAUGAGGAAGGUACUUUCUGUUGAUGGUGCCCAUCUGAAAUCAAAGUAUAAAGGGACUCUACUUGCUGCCACAGCACAAGAUGGUAAUUUUCACUUGUAUCCUAUAGCUUUUGCUAUAGUUGAUUCUGAGAAUGAAGCCUCAUGGAGUUGGUUUAUGAAAUGUCUGAAAACCAUCAUUCCUGAUGAAGAGGAUUUGGUUUUUGUCUCUGAUCGUGCGGCCUCUAUUGAAAAAGCUCUUUUACAACAUUAUCCUGUUGCUCACCAUGGAAUCUGCAUCUUUCACUUUCAAAAGAAUGUCCAGGACAAUUUCAAAAGUUCAACACUUGUCCCUUUGGUUGUUGAAGCUGGUUAUGCCUACACCAAAGCUGAUUUCGAUUGCUAUUUUCAAGAGAUUGAGGAGUCCGACAUUGUAUUAGCAGAUUAUCUUCGUAAAGCAGACUUCAGGAAGUGGACCCGAGCUUAUUCUCCUGCUAAUCGCUUCAACAUCAUGACGUCAAACUUGGCCGAAUCUAUAAAUUCUUUGCUGAAAGUGAGUCGUGAGUAUCCAAUUGUCUGUCUUUUUGACACUAUUAGGAUGAUAAUGACUAAGUGGUUCACUGAACGACGUGAGGAAGGAGUUCGUCACAUGCACCCUGUCACUGUCGAAGUGGGGAACAAGAUGAAGGAGCUAUAUGAUUUUACGUCUCGCUUCCUUGAAGUUUCCAAAAUCAAUGAUUCAGAGUUUGAGGUUAAGGGAGAUACAAGAGAUCAAGUGGUGAAUUUUCAAACAAGGCAUUGUUCAUGUUUUGUGUUUGAUAUUGAGAAGUUUCCUUGUGCUCAUGCAAUUGCCGCUGCAAAAUCUGGGAAUAAGCACGAAAAUGAUUAUGUCGAUGAGUUUUUCUCCAAUGAAAGGUUUACACUAGCAUAUUCAGAGAGUGUAUAUCCUGUUGGUGAUAAAACAUAUUGGGAUAUUCCUCCCCAUGUAGCUUCGUUUGUUUGUCGCCCUCCAUCUACACGCUUUCCUAGUGGGAGGAGGAAAAAAAAGAGGAUACCAAGUUCGUGGGAGUAUGGAAAAUAUCGGCCCAUAUCUAAACCAUCACCCAAGGCUUACAAAUGCAGCAGAUGUGGACAGAAAGGACACAACAAAGGUAGUUGUGUAAGGCCUAUUUGAUAACAGAGUAGUAUAAAAACUUGUGUGCAAUUGAUUAUUUUAUAUGAUGUUAUAAGAGAGAAUUGGAAUCGAAUAGAUUUUGGGGAACCUUUUACUAUUACAUUUUAUCGUUUUAUAAUGAUUUAUAAAGUUUACAGGUGUCUAAUAGAAGUUAUGUUCCUUUUAUUUUUACAUCUAUCAUUUUAUAAUGCUUUAUAAAUUUUGCAGGUGUCUAAUAGAAGUUAUGUUAUUUAUUAUACGAAAUGUGUGGUUACAUAAACUACCCUUUAUAAAUCAUUAGGAUUCAGAUUAAUUGUAGAAAUUAUAUGUUCGUUUGAUAUCUUAGCUUACUUGCAUGAACAUAAAUAAAAUAUGUUUCCUUAGCAAAGGUUUAAGGUACAAACCAAAAUAUAUUUUCCUCAUCAUGAAGGAUUAAGGGACAAGCCAAAAGAUGUUCCUCAUUGAAGACAUCAUCAAAAGAUAACACACUAAAACUGAAAAAGUUCCAUAGAUAUUUGUUAAAAGUACUAAAAAACUGAAAGAGCUUCAUUUCUUCAAAUUCGCGAUGCUUCUAAUCGGCAUUUUUAAGAUCUUCCAAAACACUUCCUAUCACAUCAUCAGCUGAAUCUUUCUCAAAUUGUUUCUUUUGUUUUUUCGAUUUGGGGGUGCCAACAUUGUGUUCCUUUAUAAGCAUAACAAUUAAGAAAAUCAGAAAUGAUAAUUGGAUGUAGUCAAUGAAAUUUGAAAGAAUAUUUUAUAAACCAUUAUACAUAGA